UUGACGACAUGCGCAGUUUGGCACGAGAGAACCGUGAGACCCGUCGUCUCACGCGGACGUGUUUCUGCGUAUGUGUUUACUUGGCUAACGUCGCCAUGACAUCCCCUACAAGUGUGCGGAACUCAUGCAUUGAGGAAAUUGGUCCAUCAACGGGCAGUAAAUACAGUGACACCGUGUCACAACGUGCUCAUGAAAAUCAGAUACCGUCUAUUUUGCCAGCUGGGUGUAGUUGCAGGAAGUUGUCAUGGAGAGUCUGGGGGAGAAGUUCAAAGCUCUGUCAAUCACUCGGCGUGUCCAGCCAGAUGAGCCCACCUACCUUCUGGACCUGUCCCACCAGCCUGUCUCGGGCCCAGGGUUGGUGGCCGUAUGCUGCUCCAACCUCUCCAUCCGUUUGCACAGUGAGGACAGCCUCAGCCUGCUCAGGGAGUACCAGGGACAUAGUGGUGCAAUCUGUGGGGUGUGCUUUGCCCACACCUCCCCUGACCUGCUCUUCUCAGGCUCUGCUGAUGGGACAGUGAGGACGUGGGAUGUCCGCUGUCCUGGUUCAGAGGCAGCACAGGUGUUCAGGAGUGACUCCUCCCACCACUUCUGCAGCUUUGAUGUGAGCUGCAGCGAUGUGGUCCUAUGUGCAGGCACUGAGCAGGUCGAUGAAGAUGAUAGCUUCUUGGUUUUCUGGGAUGCCCGCAUGGCAAAGGAGAAGGGAGGGGUUCUGGGUGUCUACUCUGAGUCCCACAGUGAUGACAUCACGCAGGUGCGUUUCCACCCUCGGAAUGCCGACCACUUGGCGUCUGGCUCCACUGAUGGCCUGGUGAAUGUGUUUGACCUGAGCCUUGGUGCAGAGGAGGAGGCCCUGCUGGCCACCUGUAACUGUGGCUCCUCUGCUAGCUCAGUGUGCUGGGCAGGGAAGGACUUCAAUCAGCUGCUGUGCCUCAGCCACGACGAGGGCCUCCAUCUGUGGGACCUGGGUCAGUUGGACACAGACAAGCCCCUCACACUCUUCAGUGCCGCUGACGCCCGCAGCCUGACCCCUCUCUCUAAUGAAGUGGCCCUGGAUUACUUUGUUGGCGGGACUUGGCUGGAGGAGGCAGGGCGCUUACUAGUGCUAGGUGGGACAAACAGUGGAGACAUCCACCUUCUGGAGUGCAGUGAGGAAGGCCUGUGUCUGCUGAGGUCCCUCCAAGGGGGCCACUCUUCCACAGUGCGCUGCUUCCUCUGGGAUCCCGCAGGGGAGGCCCUGCUCACGGGAGGGGAGGAUGCACAGCUGCUCUUGUGGAAGCCAGGGGCGGAGGAAUUCACCUCAGGGAAGAGGGACACCCUGAAGAGUGCCUCUGCAUUAAAACUCAAAUCUAGAUCACACAAGAAGCAUGGCUCCAAGAGGGAUAAGAAGCUAGAAGUGUGAGUCGGAUGCAAUAGAGGGUUCUCAAAGAAGGGCAAGACUGCAGUCCCUAUUUAAUCAAUCAAUAUUCCUCUUGCACUCACAGAGUACUCAUUUGGAUUCAUAUAAUCAACACAAUUUUAUUUUUUCUUUCUUGAAAGUAGUAUUAUACUUAUCCCAGAAACUGAUUAAUCUCUUUAACCGCUAGGGCUUAAAAUGAGAUUGAAUCGCGGUAUUUGUUUUUCAAAUGUUUCUCCCAACUUGUUUGGUAUUUUGUUUAGCUAAAACCAAUUGGUAUUUCUUUAGAAAUAUAAUUCUAAUUGUAUCGAGUUGAUCUAAUGCAUGCGUUAGUCAUUUACAACAUUAACAAUGUUUACAAUGUCUACACUGUAUUUCCGAUCAAUUUGAUGUUAUUUUAAUGGACUACAAAAUGUGCUUUUCUUUCAAAAAGGGCUUUCUAAGUGACCCCAAACUUUUGAAUGGUAGUGUAUAUUUGUUUCACAAAUAUUCUUUUGAUGCUUCAAGGGAUCUUAACCCUAAAAUAGCUAAAUUAUCUCUGGUAUGACCUUCUUAAAUCAAUUCCAUAAUGCUUAGUAGAACCCCUUUCCCUGGCUUAGACUGUUUAGUGUGAAAAACAAGGGGUUAAAUACAUGUACAUAAAAAGAUGCAUGUAAAAAUACAUGUACAUAUAAAGGAAAGACACUUCAGAACAUGCUUAAUUUAGAUUUUUUUUCUUUUUUUGGGGGGGGGACUGUUUUUCCAUGUAGUGAAUCUGUUUGUAUGGUCUAAUAGCAGUAAGGCUGAAUAAAACAUGUUCAUCAAAUAUAUUUUUUGAUACUUCGAUGGUUCUUUUAAAAUUCAAACACAUAGUAAAAUGAUCCUUGGUAUGACCUUAAAACAAUUCCAUAUAUCUUAGUAGAACCCCUUCACUCAGUUUAGACAGGGCUUAGACUCUUACGGGUUAAAGGGUUAAGGUUAGGGGAAUGAUUAGCUGAAAAGGUUUGGGGAAAGAGUUGGCUAACAUGCUAAUUAGUUGAAAAGUUGCUAAAAUGCUAAAGUUGUCCAUGAUGAAAUUUGAUCUCGCAACCUUUAGGUUAUACGUCCACCCAUCCCAACCAACCACCCCACUCUUGGUUUUGCCUUAAGACCGAUGGUUACGUUAAGACUUUGUAAUGAUUUAAUAAUGUUUAAUCUUGUCAUUUAAUUAAUUUUUCAUUACUAAACAAUAAAAUGCAGUAUGUGGCUGAACAGUUUCAAUAUUACCAAAACUGAAGGGGAAAUAAUUGUAAAACAAUA